AACUUCGCCUGAUCUGCCUUCAGAGACAACGCUGCCCCGGGAGCCCCAACCGGGAGCCGAGCCCCGGCUGCCCGCCCCCGGGGCCGGCCCGGGGGUCGGGGCGGCCGUGCUGGGGCCGCCCUCCGCCGCCCGUCCUCCUCGCUGCCGCCGAGCGCUGCCUGCGGCAGGAAGCGGGAGCCGGGUCGGGCUCGCUCCGCGCUACUCUGCCCGGGGUUGGGCUGGGCUGGGCUGGGCUGGGCUGGGGCUGCUUCUCUGAUCGCCGGGACCCUGCCAUGGGGACGUAGCGGGCGGCGGAGCCAUGCCCGGCGCGGCGCUGCCCCGCAGCUCGCUAUGCACGGUAAUCUUAACGUUUGUCUGUAUGUUGAUGGAGGAAUCUGUAGAAAUUGCUCCAGUGCCAUAUACACUGCAAGCCCGCCGGGUCGCUUUGGAUAGAAGAGAUCCCUUCAACCCCUUGAGGAGGGAAAAGAGGCAGGUGCACUGUCAACUUGGACAAUACCUACAUCCCAGAGAGACUCACUGCUGCAUGAGGUGCCAUGCAGGUACCUACAAGGCAAAAGACUGUGAACGGGCUGACCAGGCACCUGUGUGUCUUCCAUGUGCUAAUGGCACAUUCACAGCUGUUGACAACACCAUGUCUAAAUGCUUCCAGUGUACACAGUGUCGUACAGACUUGCAGCAGAUAGUAGAGACCCCAUGCACCCCAAAGCAAGAUACUGUAUGUGGCUGUCGGAAGAAUCAAUAUCAGAUUGGCCAGUCUGAUCUCUUCUACUGUAGGAACUGCAGCUUGUGCCCCAAUGGGAUUAUUGCGAACUGUUCAAAGAACAGAAACACGAUUUGCAGGUGUAAGCCUAUGUUCUUCCUGUCACUUGAUAACAUUUGCAUGCCUUGCAACAGCUGCUCUGGAGAAGAAUGCUUGCAAUGUCACAGCCCAGUGACUACCUCACCAAAUUCAUCUGGGCUGAAUGGGAGCCUUGUCCUUGGCAUCAUUGUUGCAAUAUUUGGAGUUAUCUCUGUCCUCUACAUUGUAAAUAAAAUAGUGAAACUGGUUCAGGAAAAUGGGAUAGCCUCUUCUUUCUACUCCUGUGUUUCUUCACUGCAGACGAGCAAGGAGUCAGUAUCUGAGGUUGAGGUUAAAAGGAGUGCAAUUUCUAUCCUUCCUGAGGCCCAGAAGGAAACAGAAUUGUUAGUGAAUGCAAUGCCACCAUCUGCACCUCUGCCACAAAGUUCACAUGAGCUACCAGACUGUGUCAGACCUGCGAGGAAGACGCAGCUACCAGACAAUCCUGCUAUUCUCUACACCGUGGUGGAUCACGUACCGCCAUCUCGGUGGAAAGAGUUUGUGAGGCGUCUGGGUCUGAGUGACUAUGAUCUAGAGCGAAUUGAGUUGGAGCAUCGGCGUUUACGAGAUGCCCAAUAUGAAAUGCUCAGACUGUGGAAACUUCAGAUGGGCUAUGCUGCAACUGUGGAGCAUAUCAGCUGUGUUCUCAACCAGAUGGAGCUGAGUGGCUGCAGUGAAGCUAUUCAGGAGGCUUUACUAAACCAGAACUCUCCUCAACCUUGCAGCCUCCACAGCCAUCUUUGAUCUAUUUCUGCUUUAGUUCCCCUUGCUGUGACUGUUGAGAGAGGAUCACAUCUCCCUUCCUUUCCUGUCUCCCCUUUCCUAUGCCUCCCUAUCUUUCUAACCCUCCUUAAAUGGGUUUGUUGGAGACAGCAGCAGAUUAUGCUGGAGGAAGGCCAAGGUUUCUUUGCAACCAUUGAGUUAGUUCAACGCCUUUUCAACCAAGAGAGACCUCUGCAAGAACUCCUUUCCCAAAGAGGGAAAGCACCUCAUAAAGGAAGUGGCGUGCGGACUGUGACCAAGGUGAAAACAGGAGCUCAGAGUGACUUGAUAGCUCAGCUACUCUACAGACAAGUUGUUGCUGAAACAGGAGCUUCACCCAGCAUACAGCAGGCUAACUUGGAGGGUGACUUGGUUGAGCUGGCUAUUCAAAUGCUAAAAUACUUGCUCUCUUCUUGCAGAUCUAUUUUUCUGCAAUAUCAGACAGUUAAACUGGCUCACAUUGCAGCCAUUUGAUUGUAAAAUCUGACUCAAGGGAAGUUGUGGGAGGACGUGCCUAUUUCUGGGAGCAGGAGUGGACUGCACCCUUUUGGUAUCAGCUGGUUAACAAAGUGAUGUACCUUCAGCCCUCUCACUGUGGCAGAAGUUGCAGAGAUUCAGAAGCAGUGGCUCAGUGUGAAACCGGAUGACAUUAUCCUUUCCACACCUCCCAUUGCCCUCUGGUGCAAGAGGAAUACAGAUUCUGAGCCUGGGGGUUGGAUGAAAUGGUUGGUGCUUUUUCUAGUGUUUCUUCUGCAUGUAGAAACCAUAUAAAACAGCAUUAACAAAACACCUGCCUGUGUGUUUGUCCUAGUGCAGAGUGGAAAAGAAUGCAUGUGUCUGUAUGGGUGAGGAGGUACCUAUGUACCUGGUAGUAUGAGUGCCUCUGUAAAUCUGUGCUUCCACACAGGUCAGUAGGCUUGUGUCUGCUUGCUUUUUUCUCUCUGAAUGAUUUGCUGAAUCUGACCUAACUGCAAAUGGGACUGUGUAUGUGUACAUAUAUAUAUAUAUAUAUAUAUAUAUAAAUAGAUAUUUUAGCAGCUGUUCAAUAAAUUCACACUACUUCCUGGAUUCCAUUCUGUGAGCACUGCUUGGGUACCAUCUUGAGGCUCUUGAUAUUGCUUUCUCAUGGGUAUUAUUACCCUGGGUGAAGUUGAAGUAGCAAAAAGCAAUUGGCCUGCAUCAGGUGCAGGUUGUCCACAUAUUUGUGAAUGUGGAUUUUUUUAAUCUCUUGUCCUUUGACUAGACAGAAGCUUUCCAUUGUAAAUACACUAAGUGUUCCAAAUUAAAAUUUGUAUUUUUA